UCGACGCAGUACCCGCCGUGGAAAGCAGUGGACGAGAAAGACCUCCACUUCGUUGCAAAGACUGGAUGGAGAAGGACCUGGCUACACUUGGAAAUGUUAUCAAAAUCAACUUAGCACGUGUGUUCACCAAUGCAUGAAUCAAAUAAAAGAAGUAAUUCAUUUAUUGUCGCGGUAGAUAUUCCUGGUGUUCACUCGUCCAUACCUAAUCGGGUUUUAUGAUCGCUGAGCUCAAUUAAAUUUAUAAUCAGUCAUAAAGAAAGUUUAAGUUAGUGCGUGGGUGAAGCGAGAUUGCCACCUAGCGAUAAGUAAUUACGAAAGCCCCACACAGUUGAAAUUGGUCUGUUCCUUGAGUAGGUUGUGCAUUGUAGCAGUAUAGAUGCGAGAUACCAGCCGAGCGACCACAAUAAAUAACGCUGGAGCCGAAGAUGUGCCGAACGACCGUCACCACAUACUCCUGUUUCUUAGGUGGCCCUUAUUACUGCUGCAACUCGUUGGUAUAUCACCAUUAUACACUAUAAAGGGCCAAUACGAGAUCGGUUUGCCGAAACGACGUGCCAUAUUCAUUACCCGGGCCGUGCUUUUAACAAAAGUCUUCUUGAAUAUUGUGCAUAUCUUAUAUUUGUUGUCGCCCACAAUGCUAGAAAUGCUCUUUCUAAAAAGCAAUACGGAUGGCAUGACGAAUGUGCUGGACAUCGCUCUAUGUAUACUCAGUGAUUCUAUUAUAACGUGGAGCUGUGUCGCUAAUACGAAUAAAAUUAUCAACAUCCUCAACGGCUACCUGAAGGUGGACAAAGUGCUGAAACAAUUUCCCGAUCCGCUGACGGAGAAGCCUUUCGCAACGAAUCAAUUUAAUCGGUACUUGAUAUGGAUGCUUGGUUUUUACUGCAUUGCAAUCUUCGCGUACGCCAAACAAACCGUGUAUAAGUUGUCAGUUUACUUCUUUGUGCAUGUACUCAUCUAUAUGCUGCAAAAUGCCUCCUCAAUCAUCUUUGUUGUUUUCAUUUCGGCGUUGUUGUAUCUUCUGGCGGAGCGCCUUCGAUUCGUUAACAUGUUGAUACCUCAAUAUAAUCGUCGCGGUGUGUCGAACCGGGUUCUGAGUAGAAAUGUGUUCAAUCAAAAUGAAGAGAAUUUGAGACGAUUUGCUGAGAACUCGACUUUGAUCUAUAGUUUGCACUUAGAUUUGCUCAACCUUUACAAGAUGAUGAAUGAGUACGCCGGUUUGGGGUUGCUGGCGUUCGUACUGUACGCCUGCUGCGGUUUGCUCGCUUGCAUUUACGACGUGGCCCUCAACAUUCACAUUUUCACUGACAAUUUGUAUUACUCGUUGUGGAUUAUGUUGUGGCUACCUUAUUUCCUAGGUGGAUUGGUAUUGCUAGCAACGAACUGCGCUCAGGCUACGAGAGAGGCAAAUAACACGUCGCAAAUACUUGCGAGAGUCUACGGAAAGGGCAAAGAAUAUCAAAAUAUUAUUGACAAGUUUCUUACGAAGAGCAUUAGACAGGAUGUGCACUUCACCGCCUACGGCUUUUUCGUUAUCGACAAUACAACACUGUUCAAGAUUUCAUCAGCUCUGGUUACUUAUCUGGUGAUACUAAUACAGUUCAAACAGUUGGAAAAAUCAAAGGAUUGAGGAACUGGUUUCAUAAAAUAUUGCUUAUAAUUUAUGAUUUCUUAACAAUGAAUAAGAAAUAAAGUUAAAUCAUUACUAAGAAA